CUCUGGUAUAUCCUGGGAACGACAGGAGAGGAUGGUCCACCGGCUCAGCGCAUCUAAUCUGAUAUGACAGAUGAACUAAGCCUCUCCUACGUGAUUCCCUCUGCCGAACCACGGCCGAACUUGCUUCACUUUGGUCGGUGGCAAGACCGCGGAAAAGCCCCAAUAAUUCUCGCUCGACGUCCCACUAUAUAAACCUCUACCUAUGCUGCCUAUCAUCCUCAUCCCCUCUUCGAGUCUUACAACUCAGCAGUCUCAGCUCAACCAUGUCUUCAACCGACGUUCUUGUUGUUGGCGGAGGUCCCUCUGGCCUCGUCACCGCCCUCUGCUUGGCGCAGAACGGUCUUCGUGUCCGCGUCAUUGACAAGCUCACCACCCCACGCCGCGGGCAGAAGGGUUCUGGCAUCCAGCCUCGUACACUCGAGCUCUACAAGGAGCUCGGGCUGCUGGAUGACCUCGAGAAGCGGUCGGGCUUUCCGCAGCCCAUAGUUCACUACAAGUUGCCGGGUGGCACCGAAGUCCUUCGAGAGUUCAUCAUGAUACCUUAUGUCGAGCCUACGCCUGACACUCCAUACUCCAACAUCCUCAUGCUCGGUCAGGACCGUCACGAAGAGUUGCUGCGCGAGCACCUCGAGCGCUACGGCAUCAAAGUCGAGAUGAGCACCGAACUCCUCGACUUCAAGCAGGACAAGGACGCGGUUCACGCUCGUAUCGCCAAUGAUGGUGCCGUUGAAGAACUCAAUGUUGCCUUUGUCGUCGGAGCGGACGGCGGUCGCAGCAGCGUGCGAAAGCUUCUCGGUCUCAACUUCGAGGGCGAGACGCGCGAACUGGAUAGGAUUGUGACCGGUGACAUGGUCGUGAAGCCCGGUCUCGCACUUGACAAAUGGCAUAGCUGGGGUGACGCGAAGAGCAAAAUGAUCCUGUUGCGCCCGUGCGAAGGCGUCGAUUCGGACAAGGUGGCAGUCAUAGCGAGCGGGCCUGAUCUCGAUUACGACAAGGUCGCCUCCAGUGGGGAGGAACUCGCUAAGACUUUCUACAAUAUUUCCGGGCGUACCGAUGUUCUGUUCGGGGAAGUCAUAUCGUUGUCUGUCUUCAGGCCAAACAUCCGUAUGGUGAGCAAGUUCGGUGAGGGACGCGUCUUCCUGGUGGGAGAUGCGGCGCACACCCACAGCCCCACUGGCGGUCAAGGCAUGAACUCGUCCGUACUGGACGCGGCCAACCUCUCCUGGAAGAUGGCUCUCGUCUUCAAAGGCAUCGCUCCCCUCUCUCUCCUGGCAACCUACAGCGAUGAGCGUGUGCCCGUCAUCCGCGAGAUGCUCGGGCGAACGACGCGCCUCCUCGACCGCACGAUGCGCCCUGGCGAGAACCCCGACGAGGGCUGGUUCCGCGGCGGCCCGCUCUUCAUGCUCGGUAUACACUACCGCUGGAGCUCCCUCGCCAUCGACGAGCGCCGCGAGCCUCCCGUCAUAGACGAGCGGGAGAGCGCGUACGUUGGGGCUCAUGGCGUGUGCGCCGGUGAUCGCACUCCUGACGCGCCCGUGGAUGGGGAUGUCGUCCAGCUGUUCGACGUCUUCAAGAUCACGCACCACACCGUGCUCGUCUUCUCCAAGGACUCGCCGUUCGUCGAUGCAGUCACAGCUGUGGUCGAGCAUUAUCCGAAGGGCCUCGUUGACGUUGUAGCGAUAACGCCUCGCGGUUCCGCGAAGGGGACCACGAUGAAAGCGACCCACACGGUAACGGACAAGGAUGGCGUAGCCUACAAGGCAUACGAGGUCGCCGAUGAUCCAACCAUCGUCGUCGUGAGACCUGAUGAAUUCAUUGGGGCCAUCGUGAAGAACGUCGACGGCAUGAAGAAGUAUUUCAAGCGUGUCUUCGUCUAAGGCCUAGUGGGGUUGCUUGCUAUGAUACCAACCUGAUGUACCCUGAUAGUGGCCGUAGUAUUGCUUGUG